AUGCUCGCCUACCUCGCCAGCACAGUAUUUCUUCUACUAGGAUGCUCCGCACGUCCUUCCUACAACUCGCUACCCUUUCCAACAUUUGACACUCGUCAGGUGACCACUGAUGGUGCGGGUCUCAAGGUUGAUCUAGGCUAUGCAAUCUACGAAGGAUAUAACAACGCAACCACAGGCUUGAAUGUCUGGAGGGGCAUCCGCUUUUCAGCUUCACCAACGGGAAGCUUGAGGUGGCAAGCACCCCAAGUUCCUCCUACGGAUCGUGAUGCAGUGAUCCCAGCCAACCAGCAUGGCCCUAUCUGUCCACAGAAUCAGAAUACUGGCUUGACUUUUGUCGCUCUGAACAGCACAGAUUCAAGUGAGGAUUGCCUUUUUCUGAAUGUCUACGCUCCGGCAAAUGCUUCUGGAUUACCGGUCUUGGUGUGGAUUCAUGGAGGAGGUUAUGGGCGUGGUAAUGGACGACAAGAUCUUUCUGCUCUAAUUAAUACUAACAAUGACUCUUUUGUCGGUGUCAGCAUUCAAUACCGACUCGGAGCUUUUGGUUUCCUCGCUGGUGACGAGGUUUACCGUAAAGGAAGCGUCAAUGCUGGGCUGCUGGACCAAAACUUUGGCCUUCAGUGGGUACAAAACUAUGUGCACCUUUUUGGAGGCGAUGCUGCCAAAGUGACAAUCUCUGGACAAUCCGCUGGUGGUGGAGCCGUCAUGCUCCAGGGCAUGGCAUACGGUGGCUCUCUUGGCCAGUCACUAUUUCGAAAUACUAUUGCAUCAUCGCCAUAUUUGCCCAUGCAGCACGGCUACAAAGACUGGCAACCGUCCCAAGCGUAUUAUGCCUUCGCAACCAUGGCUGGCUGCGCUCCUGAUCUUGCAUACGGCGCUCAUACAGGAACCAUUUUUGAUUGUCUUGUCAGUAAAGACACAGGCACGCUCCAAAACGCGAGUGCAACGUUGAGUGAGUCUGGGAAGUAUGGUACCUGGUGCUUUUUGCCAGUCACCGAUGGUACUUUUGUUCAAGAUCUACCUAGCCGUCAGCUCUUGCGAAAAGAACUGAAUGGACUUAAUCUACUGGCCAGCAAUAACGCUCUAGAAGGUCCAGCUUACACGCAGCCCAACAUCACUACCCAGGAAGACCUAGAGGAUUGGUUGCGGCUGACCUUCCCAUCGUUCUCCAAUGAUGACAUCGCAAAAGUGCUCUUGUACUAUCCAAGCUCUAAUGAUUCGGACAAUCCAAAUGCUCCAUUAUAUGCCUCUUCAGGAACAACUGAACCCAGCUUCAUCACCCAAAGCAGCGUUGCCACCGGCCAGCAGCAAAGAGCUUUCGCCAUCUAUUCGGAGACAACGUUUGUGUGUCCAUCCUACUGGCUCGCCGAGGCGUAUUCGGACCACGGACGAACCUCUUUCCGACAUCAAUACUCAGUCCCAAUCGCGCUUCACGGCAGCGAUAGUACGGCCUUCUUCGGGCCUCCUGCACCUAAUCAAAGUCCGGAUUUCGUGAACGCGGUGAUGCAAAUGUGGGGUAACUUCAUCUUGACAGACAAUCCCUCGAUCCCAGAUCUUGUGGCAAAUGGCGUCUCUACCAAUAACUCGGAGCCGAAUCCGGCGUCGAACUGGCCCCAGUACAAGGUCUCUGCGCCAUGUCAAUUGAAUUUGAAUCUCACGGGCGGAGAUCCAUUUCCAUUUAAUUUGUCUUACAUCAAGGCCAAUCUGACAGAGUAUGGUGGACCGGGCUUGAGGAACAAUAUCUCUCUGGUCAAUGCCUAUGCUUGGGAGGCGGGGAGGGGCUACAGGUGUGACAUGUGGCGCAAUUUGGGUGGGAUUGUUCCCGAGUAA